AGUCAAAUCUUGAUUUUUUUCUUUAAUUUUUACUAUUUUUUAUGGACAAUAUGUUAGCAUUAAGUAAAUCAAACGAAAGGGAAGUCCCAGAACUUUCGGACAUAUUAGUUCCUCAUCCGUAUUUAGAAACGAAUGGGGUUCGCAUCAUGCCGAAAAUGUUGAUGUUAGCAAAUCCAUUCGAAGGGAAAAUCUUCAAAGAAACAAUAACCAUACGCAAUUGUGGUAGGAAUCCGGCGUUUAUCCGGGUAUUACCCGCGAGUUCUUCAGGUGUUCACAUAAAGACAAUCAAAAAUGGCGUGUUUCUUGCUUCCGGGAUGCAAAUCAAACGAGUGGUUACUUAUAAAGUGCGAAUGAUGACUUUGAUCAAGACCUGCUCCAUUCCAAUUCAUAUUAAUGAUGAAGACUUUGUUGAUUAUCCAAUUAAAAUAGGGAUGACUCCGGUUAAUCUACAGAUUAAACCAGAUACACUUCUGGAUUUCGGACAGGUGGACGCAGGUAGUAUGCCCACGAAGCGCACACUCACCAUCGUCAACGCAGACGUCAAGCCAGCGCGCUUUUUUAUCGAUCUGGGUCCGAACGAAUUGGACCUGGCCGUCGAACCCUUACGCGGUAUUAUUAUGGGUGAAGAUGAGGUUAAAAUCACAGUGACAGCUGUAUUUCCUGAUGAAGGUCAAUAUGAAACUGAUCUAUGGAUAAUAGCAAUCAUUCCAACUUAUAUCCAUGUGAAGGCUUCCGUGGGUAUAGCAAGUAUCACACCACAAUUUGUCCCGCAUACUCCUAGCUUCACUUUGAUUCAAUUCCCGAUUACUUACUAUGGGGCCACUGCUGUGCGCAAUGUCAUCAUGACCAAUUGUAGCAUAGCCCAGUCAUUUUUCUGUGUCCUGGGAGAAAUAGAAAUGGAGACUUUUACUUUGAAAAAAUUAAGCAGGGAAGUUAAGGAUUAUAAAUACUUUAAAAUAUCACCUGAGGAAGGCAGGUUGUUGCCCAAUGACGUGCGGGUAUUCCAAUUUUUAUAUUCUCCACGGUUGAAGAAGAAAGACCAUAAACAGAAUUAUCAUAUUGUUAUGAUGCGAAUCAAACGGUUACAAUUAAAAGACUUAAAUCAGGAUGAUUAUCCAGGGAAUCUUUUUGAAGAAUUUACUGUACAACCAGCAAGUACCAGUGAGAGGAGAAGCUCAGUGGUUUCAUCAAUAUAUGAAGAAUAUGCAUCCAUCAGUUCAAUAGAUUAUAAGAUGCCUAAUAUCCCUGAACUUGAUAAGACCACUUCAAUAGAUGUCCGGUUGAUGCUCUAUGGUCAAGUUGAAGAAGUGAAUGUUACAGUCCUACCAGAUGCCUUAACCUUAGAAAACCUGGAAGUUGACGAAACUGUAACACGCGUGUUUCAAAUCCAAAACAACUGUCAAACCCUACCAAUAAUCUUCCGAUAUCAAAAACUUGCUUUCGUGGACAUUGAACCUAAACUAGGAUACCUGAAUCCAUUGGAAUCUGUGGAGGUUAAGGUACUGGUCACUCCAAAAAGUUACCACAAACAUGACACAAACAUUGUCUUUGAAUUAUUAUACUACAAUGAACCUAGAACUGACAAUGAACUAGUCGUGGUAGGUAAAUGUAAAAUACCUUUUAUAAUGUCCCAGAAGAUUACCAGUAAGAAGCUACCAUCAGAUCCUUUGAUAGGAAAAAAGUUCCCGUUUAAAAAACCUAAUCAACGCCCAAAAACUCCUAUAAUGAAUGCGUUGGUAAAGAGUGAUAUCUACAUAGGUCUACCAGAUGAUAGACCUGCAAAUAACCUACCAGAUCCAUAUGGAAGAACCUUCAAAUCAAUUUAUGCAGCCCUUCCUAGAUAUCAACCUAAUAUCAACGAGUAUGCUUUGACCUCACAUGAUCAAAGUCUUCUGGAUGUCAAAAAUUAUUAUAAUAUUUAUAUUAACAUGGCUGCCAAGAAGAAAAACCCGAAUCAGUUGAAGAUUUAUUAUUGGAAAGAUGUAGAGCCAUACCAAUCCAACCAGAAACAGGAAAAGAUUCGGAUACAAGUAACCUUGGAGUUUAUACCUCUAACACCUAUACAAUUAGUUUUAAUUGAUAUAGAACCCAGGAAUACCUUGGUGGAUAACGUGGCUUUCAAUUCCUCGUAUACCCACACCUUGAAUGUCAAAAAUGGUACCAAUAGUUUCCUUAAAAUAUUCCUCAAAGGUCGUUCAAAUGAAUAUCUAUUCCUCAACGGGAAUAGAUUUACCAUACCUCCGAAAACCAACAAGGACCUCACCUUCAUGAUUUAUAUUUUUGCUCAGCCUGUACACAACUAUGAGUUGGAUGUGAUCAUCAACAAUAGUUUUGUUGUUAAAACCACGGUUUUAAUCAAAGCACGCCCAAAACGUUUGACUUUGAAUACAGACAUGUUGACAUUCUACGAGAAUGAACCUCCUUGUAAAUUCAUUGAACUCCAUAAUGAACUGAAUGUGAAUAUUCCGUUCCAAUGGAAGGUCCCACCUUCAAUUCAGGUUGAUCCCAUGAAAGGUGAAGUGGUUUCAGGGAGAUUCGUCGCGUGCAUGGUCUCCUUCGAAAUAGGUCUUGCUGAGAAUAUGGUUUAUAACCUAGGAUUAUAUACAGAGAACAAAUUCUGUUCUUUGAGGGUACUGGUUGAAAGUACCAACUACAAAAUUAGAAUACCAAAGGUUUUAGCCUUUGAUCAACUGGCAUUGAAUGUUCCUUGUAAUAGAAUCAUACCAUUGACCAACUUCAGUUCACAAAGAGUGAAUUUCAAAGUCCAAGAGAAACACCUACCUGAUGGGUUUAAGGUACUGCCUAAGGACGGAUAUAUCAAUCCAUGUGCAACUGUUGAUUUAUCUGUAUGUGCCAGUUUUAACACUCUGGGAAGUUUUAAGUUUCAACUGGAGAUUAUUGUGUUAUACAUGAAGAAAUUAUCCUGUGAGGUGUCAGGGACUGUGAUCUUCCCCGAAUUGACUUUCAAACCGGAUGUAUUGAGAUUCCGCAAAAUGGCUGCUUCCAGUUUUGAUAUAGCUUGUAUCACUGUUGUGAAUAAUUCGGAUGUGGUUGCUGCUUUACAAUUUGAUACCGACAGAUUCCCAGAGUUUAGUUUUUCUGAAUAUGCCAACACUCCAUUUUUGACAGAUAAGGAUAUAUUGUAUAUCCAAGCGAAAGAAGAGAAAAAAUUCACUAUACAUUUCUAUCCGUUUAAUCCAUUGGUGACAUCAUUUCCUUUACCGUUGAUCAUCAACAAAAUCAACACCAGCAACAAAUCAAAAACAGUUCUAAUCACCAGACCUUCUAUCAAGGUCUACACCCAAGUCCUGAGUUAUAAGUUGGAAGUAAUGUCAUGGAAAUACAACUUUAAAUACUUUCCAUAUUUUGAUUAUAAAAACAUCACGAGUCAUUUGAUCAAAAUCUCCAACCCAUGCAAAAGUGUAACUACGUUCUGUAUUCGCUUAGAUGAAUUAUCAGAACCUUUUGGGUUUAAAUACAAAGAAGGAGUUAAACCCAUUGAUUAUAAAUGGUCCAUGGUAGUGGAACUACAAUCCGAUGAUUUUGUCACUUUUGAAGCCACUUACAACCCUGUUGAACCCGGUGAACACAAUAUAAGAUUACCAGUUUAUAUCAGAGAUGAUUUCACGCAGGAUAUGCACAAUUAUUUUUACUUUGAAGGAGUAUUCCCGAAAGCCACGUACAAAUUCAAAGAAGAAUCCAUUCACCUUGGAUGUAUCCCAUUGAAUUUCACAGUAUCCAAGCGGAUUUUUAUUGAUAUGUCUUAUCAUUACCCUAAUUGCAAUUGCACUGCAUCGAUUAACGAUUCACAUUCUUAUGUGGAGAUUGACCUGACACCACCAAGCAGUAUUAAUUUUUGUAAACUGGUAUCCAUUGUAUUCAGCAGUCCAUUGACGCAUGUGUUGAAUGCAAGAUUACAACUUGCUUGUAAAUGUCCAGGACCCAAUUUAGAGAUUGAGGUUUAUGGAGGCUGCGAGAAUAAUUACAUCACCAUACAUGCUUGCAUACAAUAUUAUAAACAUACGGCAACUACAAGUUUUACGACCAUGUUUGAAAAUGGUGAAGAUAUGCCGAAUAUUUCUACGAUAACUGUAGCUGAUGCUGAUAAGGAACAAAUGUGUAGACAUAUCUACAAAACCUGUUUACCGUAUUUCCCAACCGGAAAUGAUUUCUUUGAUGCUUACAUGAAUCAAAUCGUAGCGAUUUUUGAAAAAUGGUUAUACGAACAGAUCUUUUUUGGAAUGAAGUUUUAUUCUAUCCCUAACACAAUCUGCAUACCGGAUAUUAAACAUUAUGAAAAACAAGGCAAACCGGAAGCCAUUAUUAAACUUCCUCUACAACAUAUAAUGAACAUUCUAAUCGGACCUCUAUUCAUGGCACCUUUUGAAAUAAAAUACUCGGAAAAGAAACCCAUAUGGAUGAUAAUCCGGAAGUUCUAUCGUGAAUUGUUAAACUUCUUAAUGACUCUGGGUUGUUUCGUGAAUAUGAUCCGAUGUGAAAUAUUACUACCUUAUAAUAUGUAUCAAGAAUUCAUGAUUCACAUGGAACGCUCCGAGAAUAUUUUACCAGCAAAAUGGUUUAAUCUGAUGGCGAAGCAAGCCUGGCUCGAUCUCUUGAUGCAAUCUUAUAAAGUCUUAGUCUGUCGAAGAAUACUACAAAAUGCACAAGCAUUGUCUUCCCCUGCUGCAAGAUCAUUGAUGGCGUUGAUGAAUGUAAGCUCAAAUGAAUUACCUAUAACAGAACGUGGCGGAAUCACAGUCUCCAUGGUGAAUAUAUUCUCGGAGGAAGCUGUCAUGCUUAUACAGUGGGUAAAUAAACAUUAUCAGGAACUCAAAGAGAAGUUUAUCAAUACCCACGAAGGAAAUGAGAUGAGUGAUACUUUCAAAAGAUCAAAAAUCGAGACUUAUGAUGAUGAUCUCUCGGAUGGCCUUGGGAUUAUCUCAUGUAUAGUAGCAAAUUGUUGUUUUUUGGAGGAAUAUUUAACAGGGAUUUAUGCUCCUGCGAUGGAUCGCAUGGAGAAAUUUAAUAACGCGUAUAUUUUGAUCAAGAUGUUGACUCUUCUACAAGUUAGUUUCAAAUUGAAGCCGAUUGAUAUUAUUGAACCUAAUACUGUUCAUAUGAUCAUGUUUUUGACGUAUUUGUAUGAUUUUCUUCAACCGUUGAAAGGGCAAGAGACACUUGUUAUCUCUGCGGAAUUAUCAGAAACAAAAGUUGAAGAAAUUUCGAUAUUCAAUGAUAAUCCACGUAAAAUUUAUUACAAAGUGAUAUUUUUCAAUAACACUGAUGAUUUAUUCUCGGUGAAAGAAUCGCUGAUUACAGUCAAUCCAGGAACUCCCUACAAAUUAGCUCUUCAUUACACCUGUCGGUUUCUACGCGUGCAGAAAACAGUUCUUUUAUUGAGUGGAGAAAUACCUGGAUAUCAAUACACAAACUCAAAGAUUUAUUACAUAGAAGGACGUCCUAUGUUCAGCAAAAGUAAAAUCCCAUCAAUUGAACUGAAAAGUGUGAUUUAUCAAAUCACACAAGUUAGUUUUGACAUCCAGAGUCCCUAUAAGGCACAAGGCAGUUAUGAUAUCUACAUUGUGAAUGAUUCCAUACCGGAAGUAGGCUUUAUCUUGGAAUCAAUGAUUGCUUACGAGAGUAUUUUGGAAACAAGUGCACUUAUGCGGUGUAAAUUUCAUUCGGCUGUUGGUGAAGCUGAUGAAACCGGAAAGAUACCCAUGAUGGCUGAUAUAUGCAACACUAUUAACACAAUAAAAAGAGUUGGAUAUUGUUUAGGAACAAAACCAUUGGUGAUUUUAUCGUUAAUAUUGAUAUCAUCACGAAACCAAUGAAAAAGGUGAGUCUUUUGAUGUUGCAUCUACAGAAAAAGUUAAGUCACUUCCCUUGUACGUGUCCAAAGAAGAGACCGGAUGUUACUAAUACAAAAUGUCCGCGGAAUGCAAAGGUUAUGAUUCCUUGUCGAAAUGUGUAUCUGUGGAAUGCUGUUAUGACUUCGUUCCUAGCUGGGAGGGAUCCUGAAGAGGCUGAAUUUUGGGAUAUUUAUGGAAAUACACCGGUUGGUUCACAUAUUGUUGAGAGACUUCUAUAUGACCACAAAAAGUUCCUCAAUGAAGAUAUGGCUUAUUUUAUGAACAAAACAUUUACUUAUAUGGUUCGUACAAAAUCACCUGAUUUGAUUGUUACCCAAAAGAAGAAAGUCAUCGAUGAAGCGGCCAUGUUACAAGAAAAAACCGAAAUUUUAGUUCAUUUCAAUGAAAUUAUCAACUCUUUUUAUUUAAUCCUGGAGUCUACUGACGAAAAAGAGACGAGAACUUAUAAAGUACGCGUGAACUAUGAUUAAACUUCCAGAAUUUUGUUUAAAAAAAAAUUUAAAGUUCAA